GUGAACUGAAACUACGUCAUCGCUUUUCCGCCAUGCUAACUGUUGAAUAGCUGCAGUCCGCCUAUCCGCGAUUUCUCCACAAUGUCUGUUAAAUUAAACGCUUUGACUAGUGAUUCUUACAUCGAUGUUAGUCAAUACAGAGACCAGCAUUUUAAGGGUAACCGCUAUGAUCAGGAGAAGCUGCUGAAGCAGAGCCACACUUUAUAUGUUGGGAAUCUCUCCUUCUACACCACUGAGGAGCAGGUACACGAGCUGUUUUCUAAAAGUGGAGACGUCAAGCGCAUCAUCAUUGGUCUGGAUAAAGUCAAGAAGACAGCCUGCGGAUUCUGCUUUGUAGAAUACUACACACGUGCAGGCGCAGAAAAUGCCAUGCGCUUCAUUAAUGGCACACGACUGGACGACCGUAUCAUCAGGACAGACUGGGACGCCGGCUUCAAGGAGGGGCGGCAGUACGGCCGCGGCAAAUCUGGAGGACAGGUGAGAGAUGAGUACAGGCAGGACUACGACCCAGCCAGAGGUGGCUACGGUAAGCUGGCUCAGCAGCAUCGACCCACAGAGGCAAUACGCAAUACUUUUUAGACUGAACCCCACCGCAGCAGCCUGCCUGGAUUACACAGAGCCCCGCCCUCCCUCCUGGACUGGUAUUAAUUCUUCAGCAAUGUCACAACAUGCUACCAUAGAUUGUUUGUCCCAAUGUCACCAUAAAAAACUCGACAGCAGGCCUGCAUGGGCCGCAGAAAUAAGCAGCUGGUAUUUCUUUCUUUUGGAGGCUUGUUUUCAGUUCUUACUACCUCUGUGACUUCUGUACCUGCUAUCAGUCUACAUGGUAGCUCAGGCCAGACCCCAAAGUUACUGCAUGAUAAUUAGUGAUGUUUUCAUUGUCCUGCAUAUAGAAAUGCCAUUCUUUUCCCUACAGGCUGGAAAGGCUCUGAUAGCAUGUAGUGACGGGGUUGAAGACAACAUGUUCUGAUGAACUAAUAAAAAGGAAGCGUUCGGUUAUCGUCUGACUGAUUUCCAUGAAUGAAACGUGUCCCAAAUUGUGCAUACUUUUUCAAAUAAAGAUUUUUUUGACAUUUU